UAGGAAGCUGUUAAAACCUUAUCCCAAACCAUUGCAAGCUCCAAAUCGAAAGAAAGCACAGUGUGGAACAGGAUUCAUUCGAUCAGCUGAGGAUUGUAAAAGAGGCAUCACCUGAAAGGUGAUCACAGCGACAGAAAGCAGUAAUUGAAUAAGUUACUCAGUAACUAUUGAGAUGGAACCGCAGAAGAGAACCGUGGAGGAAGAAUUGAAAAAAUUAUUCCAUGCAUUUAAAGUGCAGUUGAUGGCUGUGAUCUCCAAUAACAACUUAAAUUCUGAAAAGUGGCCCAUCUUUAUGGGACUCACUGAUAAAACCAAGACCUUGAAAUGUCUGAAGUCAACUACUGGUGACCCUCAGCUAGAGAUAGAGGAAUGCAACAUCAUGGAUCUUUACAAAGGCACUAAGGAACUGAGGGAAUUUACUUUCCAUGGUGUCAUUCUCAGUAAAACAACUUGCUCCUUUGAAUCUGCAGAAUUCCCUGGUUGGUUCUUAAGUACCUCAAUUCACCCAAACAUGCCUGUUGGUCUUUGUAAACUAGGAGGUACUAGGAUAAUUUUAUUUCAUAGUGUAAAAAUUCCUUCCCCUCCAAAAUAAAAUUUUUGAAUAAAGAGGAAGGCAGUAGCGCAGGGCUGUCACCAGCGUAUUUUGUAUGUAGUAGAAUGAAGCUUUAGUCAUGAUAAAAUAAGCAAUAAUAAUGAUUUGAUUAAAAAAUGAAAUAUCUGAAUGUGAGUAAAUUCAGGAUUGCCCUCUUAGUGUUGUUUUAUUUCUGAUCUCCAAGGAGCAUGGAAGAUGUAACAUGGCAGUGCUGAUGGAAGAGGUGAAGCUAAAGUUGAUCUCUUGUCUGUAACACAACCUGGAUGCAUUUAGUUUUGAUUCAAUAAGAACGGGGGGCGGGGGGAACCUGAAAUAAAAACCAGCAUUUUAUUGUCAUUUCAGCAUUUUGUUGCCAAGUUUCAAUAAUGUCACUUGAAGAAACUCCAGGGGCUGGGAUCUAUCCUUAGAUCUUCUUUUAGAUUCAGGUAGAAAACGUGUAAGGAGCAGAAGGCUGCAUGGAGGCUGUUCUUCUCACAGUUAAUUGGCACUUGGUAGGAAGGAAAUAUUUUGAGCAAGACAAUAAGGAAUGUUAUACCCUUGAAUACCGUUAUCAUGGUAAAGCCCCUGACUGAUAUUUUUCUUUCUUGGAGAACAAGAAAAUGGAGAAAUCCUUCAAUUUUAUAGUUUGUCUCUCCAGCUCCCAAAUGAGCUACUGUAUAUACUCGAGUAUAAGCCUAGUUUUUCAGCCCACUUUUUGGGCUAAAAAAAGCCGCCUCGGCUUA